AUGUGUGGACAUACCGCCACUCUCCUCAACCACAUCUCCUCCCUCCGCUCCAAGGACACAACCUGUGUCCUGGAAGACCUCAACAACAACGAAAAGUGGUGCCAACCCCCCGACGAUGAACCAGUCAUCACAGAAGACUCGGGCGAGAGCUACUGGCCCAACCUAGAAGCCAGCAUCCUCAAAAACAAGCUCAAGUUCAAGGAUGUCUCGAUCGAGUGUGUCGUCUGCCGAACCGACGUGACCGUCUUCCCCCACGAGCACGUCGUCGACGAAGAAGUCGGCGAGAGCCACAAGGCCGUUAUCCUCCCCUGCGGCCACAUCUUUGGCGCCUCCUGCGUCAAGCAAUUCUUCGACAUAAAGACGCAGGAGGGGCAACCCGCGACCUGCAUCAAGUGUCGCGCCGCUUGCUACCACCCUGCCUGCGGACAUCCCUUCUACGGGGAACCCAUGCCGUGUAGUAUACCACGCAUGGCGUUCACCCCGCAUGUCGUGGGCAAGGGUGGUAGCAUCGACGAGCGGUGCGAGCAGUGCACCAUCCAAAAGGCAAUAGCAGAUAUCAAUGCAGAGGUGAGGCGGGCACCUGACCGCCCCGAGGCUGCGGACGAGUUCUCGGGGGUUGCUCUCGAGAUCGAUGGUAUCUCGUUUACCAGUCUCGGGUGCGCAGCGGGGGAGCGCCUCGGGCUCCUGGAGCAGGUGCCCUUCCCCGACUCCGUGGUCGACUUCAUCGUCGGCUACAAGGACCGACUGGAGGAGAAGGAGAACGGGCAAGACUACUGGGUGAGUGGUUACCUCGGCCAGUGGGGGGCCAAAUUAUAUGUCCCCAAGCAAAAGGACUAG